GCUUCUGCAGCCUCCGAGUGUCCUGCAGGGGAAAAUGGAUUCAGACUCCGGAGAGCAGAGUGACGGAGACCUGUCUCUAGGACAUGAGAGCUUCAACUCUCGCUCCCUGGCCCUGCAGGCCCAGAAGAAGAUCCUGAGCAAGAUGGCGACCAUGGUGGUGGCCAACAUGCUGACGGAUGACACCAGCAGCGAGAUCUUGGACGAGCUCUACAAGACGAGCCGCGAGUUCACCAAGAGCAAGAAGGAGGCCCACAAGAUCAUCAAGGACGUCAUCAAGAUCGCCCUGAAGAUCGGCAUCUUGUACCGCAACCACCAGUUCAGCUCCGACGAGCUGGACACGGUGGAGCGCUUCAAGAAGAAGAUGAACCAGGCGGCCAUGACGGCGGUGUCGUUCUACGAGGUGGACUACACCUUUGACCGGAAUAUUCUGUCGGAGCUCCUGCUGGAGUGCAGGGACCUGCUUCACAACCUGGUCGAGCAGCACCUGACGGCUCGCUCGCACGCACGCAUCGACCACGUUUUCAACCAUUUUGCCCACGGGGAGUUCCUGGCCCAGCUGUACGGGGACAGAGAGGAGUACAGACUCUCCCUGAGGAAGAUCUGCAAUGGCAUCAACAAACUGCUUGACGAAGGAACGCUUUAACCUUACACACCAGACCUCUUUCGCCUCUAGCUCUUUCUCCUCUUUCUCCCACUGGUCUCUCCUGCUUCCUUUUUCACAUUUCCUUUUCACUUGCUCACCCUCCGACCGCUCACAUCCUCCUCCUUCUUUUCACUCUUGUCUUCCUGUUUCUUCUCCAUCCAAUUCCAUGAAGCUGGCUGUCACAUCCUGCCGCUUUGGUUCAAUGAGAGGAUUAUUUUAUUUUUUGACUGUGUUUUCACUCAGCGGAUCAUUGCUGCACACUGGGACAGCCUUUAUCAUGUUGUAUGCAUUCUAGAAUUCCCAGUCACCCCCCUUGUGUCCAAAUGUGUACUGUACCAAUGGCCAAAAAACAUACAUUAGGUAUAGUUGGAUAUGGAAGAUAAUCAGUAGUAGUUAUCAGUGUCUCUCUCUUUGUGUGUGUGUGUGUGUGUGUGUGUGUGUGUGUGUGUGUGUGUGUGUGCGUGCGUGCGUGGGAUUCGCUUGAAUAAUGGGUUUGUACAUAAGACCAAUGGUAUGUGUAUUAUGUAUCUGUGUCAAUCUUCUC